AUGGACGAAGCUUCCGAGGCUUCAACUAGCGGGCACGCGUGUCCAGGCUCUCCCUCGACUUCCGGCCCGCGCAAAGUCCCCCGACUCGAUUCUCCCGCACCCAGCAUAGCACGCGUUGCGACGGCUCCUCCGCUGCCAGCUGAGCUCGUGUGGAUUAUCGUCGACCUUGUUUGGCACGCCUUUCCGCGAGGCAAAGCCAAGCAUGCCCUCUGCAAGAUCGCGAGGGUUUCACGGAUCUGGCGCGCUCCGGCUCAAUACAUCAUCUUCCACCACAUCACGGUCCGAUCAAGGGACGACUUGACGCGCGUUGCCUACAGCCUGAGAUCAAGCAAGACGACCGGCUGUCUGGUCUAUUUCAUCUCGUUUCGGCUGCUGGACUCGGGAAUCGUGUCGCAGAGGAACCUCGUGUACCUGUACAAUCUCUGCUCCGCACUUGUGCGACUCCAACUGACAGGGGAUUACCAUACUGUUGAGGAGCUUCUCUGGAGCCUCCCUGGAUCCCGUGCGUCCCGACACAUCGCAUAUCUCGAGCUUAUCUUUAUACAAUCCCCUCGCCCGGAUGACCUGAGUCGUCGCCCUUACCUUCGCAUUGCGGAGUUUCCUUCCCUCCAGCGCUGGUACAUUACCGCCCCAGACUCUAUCGCCAUGAUCGGGUUCUGCGAAUCCGGCAAGCUAUACCUCAAGCACCUGUCGCUCGGCUCGCUCCGCAAAAACCGCUACCGCACGGAUGCAUUUGCCUGGUUUGCCAAGGUAGUCGACAGUUCGCGUCUCAAGACCUGUUCAGCCCCGCUUCGCCGCCUUGCCGACCACCUGAAUAAGGCCUUGCGCGUCGGCAAAAGCCUAAAGGAGCUGUACCUCCUCGACGUCUUGCACGAGGACAUUCCCGACAAGGUCAUUGCCUACGUCAACUCGCCCGUCCUGCGCCUUCUUACCAUCUCCACAGCUUCGAGCGCCGACUCCACAUGCGUCAAAGGCAGACCCCUUCAAACCCUCCUCGAAGCCCUCGCCCCGCCAGGCAACAAGAGGCCGGCGCUUGAGAUCGUCAUCCUCGACUUUCCCUUUGACCAAUCCAAUUCGAGCCGGUGGAUCUGGAAGACCUUUCUCUGCUGGGCGGGGCGGACCUCAUUGCGCGAGAUUCGCCGAUACGACCCGGACGACAGUAAGGUCGUGCAGACUUGGAGGAAGAAAGGGAGUGCUGCGUCACCUGCGUGGAGGCUUCACAACGAGGAACGGAUGCGAUGA